ACAAUUAUAUCCUCCCCCGCGAAUAUUCCCAUCGUCUCCUUCCUCCUCUCCCCCGCAUAUCCUCCGCCUCCCUUUCCCCCCUCUCCUCCUCAACCCUAUUUCACCACCACCUCCACCGCUGCCGCGGCGAGAAUUCGAUCGGUUCUUGGCAGCCGUAGUGCAGUUUUGUGCAGUUUUCUUCUCUCUUGUUGUUGAGGAUGAAGUUUGGGAAGAGCCUGAGUAGCCAGAUCGUGGAGACGCUCCCGGAGUGGCGGGACAAGUUCUUGUCGUACAAGGAUCUCAAGAAGCGGCUCAAGCUGAUUGGUGGGGGUGGGGGUGGGGAGGAGAGGCAGGCGAAGCGGGCACGCGUUGCAGCGGAUGGCGGCGAGGAGGAGGCCGCCGCCGCGGCGAUGACGCCCGAGGAGGCGGGCUUCAUGCGGCUCCUGGAGGCCGAGCUCGACAAGUUCAACUCCUUCUUCGUCGAGAAGGAGGAGGAAUACAUCAUCCGCCAGAAGGAGCUGCAGGACAGGGUGGCGAGGGCGGCGGGGAGGGAGUCGAAGGAGGAGCUGAUGCGGGUGCGCAAGGAGAUCGUCGACUUCCAUGGCGAGAUGGUGCUGCUCGAGAACUACAGCGCCCUCAACUACACCGGAUUAGUUAAGAUUCUCAAGAAGUAUGACAAGAGGACUGGGGCUCUGAUCCGUCUGCCUUUCAUCCAGAAAGUGCUACAGCAGCCUUUCUUCACCACUGACCUCCUGUACAAGCUUGUGAAACAGUGUGAGGCCAUGCUGGACCAGCUUCUACCAUCAAACGAACUGUCUGUAUCGAGUGAAGAUGGGAGAGGCGAUAGCACUAACGAGGACAAGCCUUCGAAUCCCAGUUCAUCCUUGGUUAAUGGUGGCACUAUUCCAGAGUUAGAUGAGAUCGAGUACAUGGAAAGCAUGUAUAUGAAGGGCACGGUCGCGGCGCUUAGGUCUCUGAAGGAGAUCCGAAGCGGAAGCUCUACUGUUAGUGCAUUCUCAUUACCACCUCUCCAGGGCGACAGUUCGCCAGAGGAGCAGCAGGAACUGUGGAAUAAGAUUCCGGUGAUUGAGCAGGCCGCCAAAUGACACGACCGGCAUUUCACUACAUGGUUAUGUACACUGCAUGACCUUGAUCUUGACAUUUGCUGGAGAUAGUACCGGGGAUCUCAUUCCCCUGUCAUAUAUUCAGUAAUUUGUAUGAUUCCAGGAUUCCUAACAGUUGUAAAAUGGUGGACAUGUUCAGUAUACAUUGUAAAAUCAUAGAAACCCAUCAUAACCAUCAGACAGAACUGAGAUGUUUUGAUUCACUAUUGUGAGUUAAAUCCUGUACUUUUUGCUGAUCUACAUCCUCUUUCAUGAACUCUCGGUACAGAAUUAGUUAAUGUUGCAGUAUAACAAUUCUGAUUUUGACAAUCUCGAUUCGGAGAUGAUUUUGUUAAA